UGCAACGAGUGCGGCAAAGCCUUCAGCUCCCACGCCUACCUCAUCGUGCACCGGCGCAUCCACACAGGCGAGAAGCCCUUCGACUGCAGCCAGUGUUGGAAGGCCUUCAGCUGCCACUCGUCCGUCAUCGUGCACCAGCGCAUCCACACCGGUGAGAAGCCCUACAAGUGCAGCGAGUGCGGCAGAGCCUUCAGCCAGAACCACUGUCUCAUUAAACAUCAGAAAAUCCACUCCGGGGAGAAGUCGUUUAAGUGUGAGGAAUGUGGGGAGAUGUUCAACUGGAACUCGCACCUCACUGAGCACCAGAGGCUGCACAGCGAGGGAAGGGAUGCUGGACUGAGGGACGUGGACCCCAUGGACGCGCUGGAUGUGGCAAAGCUCUUGUGCGUGGGUCCCCCCGAGCUGGCAGGAAUUUCUCCCUGGGGAGCAAACCUCGAAACUAACAUGAUGUGCUUUGGUGUCAGUAGCCGCUUUCUGAGCUACACAACAAAGGAAAGCACCCUGACCCUCCCUGGCUUCUAG